AUGUCUGUGACCAGUGGGAUGACGGGACCAUCCCUGACACAGGAGAUCCUUGGCCACCUGGGUCUUGCUAACAAGACGGCGGCUUGGGGCACUCUGGGCACCCUGAGGACCUUCCUGAGCUUCAGUGUGGACAAGGACGUACAGAGGCUGCUGAGGGCCAUUGCAGGGCAAGGCGUGGACCAGACCACCAUUGUGGAAGUGCUAACCAAUCGGAGCAGAGAGCAAAGGCAGCUCAUCUCCAGAGCCUUCCAGGAGCGCACCCAGCAGGACCUGCUGAAGACCCUGCAGGCAGCGCUCUCUGGCAACCUUGAGAGGGUCGUGGUGGCUCUGAUGCAGCCGGCUGCCCGAUUGGAUGCCCAGGAACUGAGGGCAGCUUUGAAGGGCUCGAGUUCUCCUGAGGAUGUGGCUGUGGAAAUUCUCGCCACUUGAGCUCCACCCCGGCUGCGGGAGUGCUUGGCCGUCUACAAACAUGAUUUCCAGGUGGAAGCUGAGGAGGACAUGAAAUCCGAGACCAGUGGCAUCUUGCGAGACCUGCUCCUGGCUUUGGCCAAGGGGGACCGCGACAGCUACUCGGGGGUCAUUGACUACAACCUGGAGGAACAGGAUGUUCAGGCAUUACGGCAGGCUGAAGAACCUGGCACCGAGGGGGCGUGGGUCCUAAUCCUCACCCAGAGAAAUCCUGAACACCUGGUCCGAGUGUUUGGUCGGUACCAGCGGUGCACUGGGCAACAGCUGGAGGAGGCUGUCCAGAACCGUUUCCAUGGCGAUGCCCAGGUGGCUCUGCUCAGCCUAGCCUCGGUGAUCAGGAACACACCGCUGUACUUUGCUGCCAAACUUCACCAAGCCCUCCAGGAAACUGAGCCCAAUGACCAAGUCCUGACGCGCAUCCUCAUCUCUCGAAGUGAGACUGACCUCCUCAGCAUCCGAGCUGAGUUCAAGAAGAAAUUUGGGAAGUCCCUUUACUCUUCUGUCCAGGAUGGAGUGAAAGGGGAUUGCCGGUCAGCCCUACUAGCCCUGUGCAGGGCUGAAGACAUCUGAGAGCUCCCUGUCCCCCA